AUGGCGGGCUCCGAGCAGCAGCGGCCGCGGCGGCGGGACGACGGAGACUCGGCCGCGGCGGCGGCGGCGCCUCUGCAGGACGCGGAGCUAGCCCUGGCCGGCAUCAACAUGCUACUCAACAACGGCUUUAGGGAGUCGGACCAGCUUUUCAAACAAUACAGAAAUCAUAGCCCAUUAAUGAGUUUUGGAGCCAGCUUUGUCAGUUUUUUGAACGCCAUGAUGACAUUUGAGGAGGAAAAAAUGCAGUUGGCCUGUGAUGACUUAAAAACUACAGAAAAGCUGUGUGAGAGUGAAGAGGCUGGGGUGAUUGAAACAAUCAAGAACAAGAUCAAGAAGAAUGUUGAUGUCCGAAAAUCUGCCCCUUCCAUGAUUGAUCGGCUUCAGAGGCAGAUAAUCAUAGCUGACUGUCAAGUUUACCUGGCUGUGCUUUCUUUUGUAAAACAAGAGUUAUCAGCGUAUAUAAAAGGUGGGUGGAUCCUCAGGAAAGCCUGGAAGAUUUACAAUAAAUGCUAUCUGGACAUCAGUGCCCUUCAGGAGCUGUAUCAGAAGAAGCUAACUGAAGAGCCCUUAACUUCUGAUGCUGCAAAUGAUAAUCACAUUGUGGCUGAAGGGGUGUCUGAGGAGUCUCUGAACAGACUGAAAGGUGCUGUGAGCUUUGGAUAUGGCCUUUUUCACCUUUGCAUAUCCAUGGUGCCCCCAAACCUGCUCAAAAUCAUCAACCUGCUGGGUUUUCCUGGAGACCGCCUACAGGGCCUUUCUUCACUGAUGUAUGCAAGCGAAAGUAAGGACAUGAAGGCCCCUUUAGCUACAUUAGCUCUUCUCUGGUAUCACACUGUCGUCCGCCCUUUCUUUGCAUUGGAUGGCAGCGACAAUAAAGCGGGUCUGGAUGAAGCUAAGGAGAUUCUUCUUAAAAAAGAAGCUGCUUAUCCAAACUCUUCCCUCUUCAUGUUUUUCAAGGGACGAAUCCAACGAUUAGAGUGUCAAAUCAACAGUGCCUUGACUUCUUUCCACACGGCUUUGGAACUGGCAGUAGAUCAGAGAGAAAUUCAACAUGUGUGUCUAUAUGAAAUUGGUUGGUGCAGCAUGAUCGAGCUGAACUUCAAGGAUGCAUUUGAUUCCUUUGAGAGGCUAAAAAACGAGUCCAGGUGGUCCCAGUGCUAUUAUGCCUAUUUAACAGCAGUAUGUCAGGGAGCCACUGGUGAUGUGGAUGGGGCACAGAUUGUCUUUAAAGAAGUUCAGAAAUUCUUCAAAAGGAAAAACAAUCAGAUUGAACAGUUCUCAGUGAAAAAGGCGGAAAGAUUUCGGAAGCAAACACCAACCAAAGUGCUCUGUGUGCUGGCAUCUAUUGAAGUGUUAUACUUGUGGAAAGCCCUUCCAAACUGUUCCUUUCCCAACCUACAGAGGAUGAGUCAAGCUUGCCAUGAAGUGGGUGAUUCAUCUGUUGUUGGAUUAAAGUAUUUGCUUCUUGGUGCCAUACACAAAUGCCUAGGAAACUCAGAGGAUGCUGUUCAGUUCUUUCAGCGAGCUCUUAAAGAUGAGUUGUGUCGUCAGAAUAACUUGUAUGUUCAGCCCUAUGCUUGCUAUGAACUUGGCUGUCUUCUAUUAGACAAACCAGAGACUGUAGCAAGAGGCAGAACUCUACUUCUUCAAGCAAAGGAGGAUUUCUCUGGCUACGACUUUGAAAACAGAUUGCAUGUGCGCAUCCACGCUGCUCUGGCCUCUCUAAGGGAAUUGGUUCCUCAGUGACAAACCUGAAGUUUCUGCUCUGUCCCUCCCACCCAGGUUCAGCACUUUAAAAUAAAAGCAGAGGACAAAGCUCUUGUGAAGAUCAGCUUUUCUUCUGAAAACUACCUGUGCCAGAGACACGUUUUCCAGUUAGGCUGACAUAUUAAAAACCUUUUCUUUUAAACACAUAGCUAAAAAAAGUAAUAAUAUCAACAACAGUAAUAAAACCUGGUGAGAGGGUUAAGUGACCUUGUUCACAUAUUUUACUUUUGUGAUUUAUUUUUAAAAUAAAAUCAAACUAAAUAUUCCACCUGUGAUCUUGUAGGAAAACUUACCUUAAGCACACAUCUGACUGGAUAACAUGAAGAGAUACCUGUAAAAUUAUUAACAAUAUUAAGACCUAGCAUUUAUAUUGUGGUUUGAGAAAAAAAAAAAGUGCUUUCUAGUGUUUACUUUAUCCUCAGAAUAUUCCUGUGAGUAAUAUAAUACAAUAUUCUUAGCCCUGUUUUACAGAUAAUGAAACUCAGGCACAGAAGCUAAUCGACUUAUCCAAUUAAUUAUUUCUGGUAUCAGUGGAGCAGUGAAUAAGAUACAGAUUUCCUGACCACCGACUAGACAUUCUUUUACUGUAAAAAAUAUAUGUUAAUAACCCAGGGUCCCAUAUUUUCCUUAUUCAAAACCAAAUGUUCUUCGGCUGAAGUUGUAUCAUCAAAAAUAUUGCUCUCCAGAUUGUCCACAAAAUGUUUCAAAGUAAUGAACACUUUAUUUUUCUCAUUGAAAGCCAACCAGAUUGAAGGAAAUAGAAGAUAAUUUUACAACUAAAAGUAUAACUUUUUGCUAAUCUUUUAGAAAGCCUAUAGACUAGAUAUUUAAUAUGUAUAUUUUAGGAGUUUCCAUUUAUUUGUGAUAAUUUUUCUAAUUUCUAACUUUUGGAAAUCUUUUACCCAGUUACGUGAAGGGGAUAUUCUUGAAUGAAUAUAGAUUUUUUUUUUUUGCCUCAAAGUGUUUGAUGGUGAAUGAUUAGCUAUAUAUGUUGCCAGUAUUUAAUAAUUUUCCCCUUAGCUCAGGUUAUUACUUAUUAUAAAAGGAAUUCAAAGUUAUUUUUUUAUUCCCUCAUUGCUCAUUUUUAUUGUCCCUUAUCUCCACGCCCAGUACUGCACACCUGUGGUUUUGAAGAAUCUAAAUACCUCAGUCACUUAGAAGAAUUUUUGCCACAAUUGUAUGACUAACUAGGCUCAAACCUAAGGUUAAAUUUUUUUUUUCUAAUUUCUAUUGAGCUAAAAGGUAUUGCUUUAAACUGUCAUAUCCUUUUGACUGAAGCACAGCCUCAUGUGAUGUUAAUAUUUCAAUUUUUUUUUUCCAAAAUAAAGCAUGGGAAGAGCACCCAGAAUGUUGGCCGACUUAAUCUGACUUAAUAAGGUUUUGAGGGAAUAAUCAUAAUUUCUUUGAAAGAAGGUAUUAUUCCUCAUUUCUCAUUGAUUUCGGCUAAACUGUGUUCAUGUUUCCUCAUCUCUGUUACUGAUGACUUUUUAAUGGACUUUUUCCAAAGUAUUUAUGCACACUGACUUGCUUCCUGAUAUGAAUUCUGUGUGACUUCUAGAUACUAGCAAGUGAGAAACCUUGGUGUCCCAUGUUCAGUGAAUGAGUGGAUCCAGAAGCCAAGCAGGUGUGCUCUGAAAAGAAAAAUUGGUGUCUAAAGAUACUGGAUGUCACCUAGGCUGGAGGGAAGACAUUAUGAAUCUUUAAAAUAUGUAUAUUUUUGUUGUCUUAUAUAUAUACAAUGAGACCUGUGAGAAUUGGAACUCGACGGGACUGCCUUGUUUUUCUAGGUUUUGGAAGUUUUCUGCCUUUGACGGGGUGUACACUUACCACUUUUCUGUUGCUCUGUAUUGGUGGAAAAUGUUUGUUUUCCUUCUCUGACAGGUUUUCACUUUACACUGGUCCCAGCUUUCACAGGUUUUACUGUGUAUGUGGCAGAUGUCUUAGUUAUGAUUGUAGAAUAUUCUAAAUUAUGAAGUUCUUGAUUUAGAGUUCAGACUUACUUGAAUUUUCAGUUCAAAUAUUAUUAGGACUAUUAUUCAGUAUUCAAAGAUUACAUAAAACCCUGUCCUGUACCAUUAAAUUUUUUUUUCUUCAUUACCUGCUUAAAAAUUGCUUUUCUUCAUAGAGAUUUCAGGAUUUUAAACAAGUCUGUGUUCAGCUCACUUAACUGGAUAGACAACUUGGCAACACCCUCCAUUAGAUUUCGUUUAAUAGACAAAGCUUGGGCCUUUUAUAAAAGGUCUCUCUUGGGCUUGGUGCAUAUUGCUGCUGUGGUACAUCUCGGUUAACAUGGGUGUAGGGCAUGGGAGUGGGUAGACGGUGAUUCUAAAGGUGACAAGAAAACCAAGACUCGUGAAGUUCUUGCUCAGAGCGAGUGUGAGGACACCAUACCAUUGGGUUGACUGAAAUCCGAGUAAAUUUUUUAGUUGAAUAAUUUUAUAACAGUUAUCUGGCCUGUAUGCCAUGACUUAUCCAACCUGUGAACUGAUUGAUCUGCGUGGUAGCUUGGCUGGCUGUUUACUCCUUGCUGAUGAAGAAAAUAAUAUUUAAGUGGAACUGUGUGUAUAUGUGUGCCUUUUUUUUUUUUUUCCUAUUAAUAUCACUCCUUCCCCUUUCCUAUUUUGGAGGCUCUCAAAUAGAUCUUCUGAUUUAUAAGUAUGAAAUAUACUUUUGUAUUAGUUUAUGCCUGUGAUGAGAGAAAUCACUAUUUUAUGUACUCCUAACACAUUUUUAUAAUUGACACUUGGAAGCAUGGUUUAACAGUAAUCAUGUAAUAUGCAUUUUGCUGGUUAAUAUAUUUAAGAUUUUGCCUUUACUGGGUUAGGUUUUUUUGUUUGUUUUGACUCAUGAAAACUAAGUCUUCUGUCAAGUAAAGACUCCUAACUUUCCGAUGUCAUAGGAAAUAAGAAUAUUGUCACAUAUUGUAUAAGUCAAUUACUGAUAGAACUUGCACUUUUGUAUUUCUGCCAACUAAAAGGACAGUGUGUAACUGAUUUUUUUUAAAUACACAGAGACAUACGCACACGUAGAGGCAUACGCGCACACACGUAUUUCCUUCGCUGUGUAAACUUUUCUAGUUGAUUGCUUCGUUAAGCAAAUAGUGGUGGCGAGUAUUCAGAUACAGCUUCACACCUAAGAAGAUUUACAUUCAUGCAGUCAGUAUGUACUGUUUGGUAUUUCUUAUAUUGCUUUGAAUCAUAUUGGUAGUAUAUUUUGUAUUCACAAUGUAUAAAAAUUGCUAAACCCCCACCAUCCCAAGAAGAUAUAUAGAGUAGAGGAAAAAGACUAAGAAGCUAGGAAGGGAAUGCAAAAGAGAGAAGGACAGGGGGAGCAAGAGAAUAGAAAGUUGGUCCCCUUCUACAGUGCAGGGUCAAAAAUCACCAAGCACACGAUGUAACUAACUGGCUUUCUUGAAAAACUAACAAGGGGCUGAGCUUUAUCGCCUAGUUGAUUUGGGUAUGAAAUAGAAACAACAAACACAUUAUAACCCAGCUGACAUUUGAGUUACACUUAAUUUCUCCUUCCACAGGUCAGUGGUUCUCAAAUUUUAGUGUGGUACCAAAUAGCGCUACUCUCAGAGAUUCUGAUUCAGAGGUUCCAGGUAGGGUCCAGGAAGGCAUUUUUAAUAGGCUCCUGGGGUGAUUCUAAUGUAAAUGGCUUGGAUUAGAGAAACUGUCCUAUGCGAUCAUGUUUUGGUAAGUAUUUUGUAAAUCUGGGAGAGGUCAAACACAACCAUGAAUUAUAUAGCAAGCUUAAGAUCAGAUUUUGUAUCCGGGAGCCACUGAAGAAAUAAUUCUGACCUAUUGGCUUCCUGAAGUAUAAGAUGCCUGAGCUGAGUUUUAGAGGUUAAGAAUGAUGCAUUCAUGUGAAAAGGAUGGCUGGAGGGGGCUCCCAGACCUUGGACUUGACGAUCACAAGUGCAGAGGUGAGAAACAGCGUGUGUGUUCAGGGCUAAGUCUCUGGAGAGUUAAGUGGGAACCAAAUGGCAAGAGAUGAGAUAGGGGAGUAUGCAAAGGCCACAUGAAGAACCUUGGACUUUUGUAGGGUAAGGAUUUGAUGAUAGGGAUUGGGGGUGGGAACAGUGGAGAACAAGGCAGAUUGGCAUUUUAAUUAAAUCACUAGUGACUGAAGAG